UUGUUAGUUGUUUUGAAUCCCUGUAUCCUGUAAAGAUGUUUGCCUGCUGCAUUGUAUUUAUCCUCCUCACUACGUGGUCUCCCGUGGAAUGUAAUCCCAGUCCCGUGUUAGGAGAUGUAGUCGUGGACAGAUCCUUCAUCCCCGAAGUCUGUGCAAGAGAAGCGAAAGAGGGAGAUUAUGUUCGCUAUCACUACAACGCCACAUUUGUCAACGGGAAAACAUUUGAUUCGAGCCAUCAGAGAGGAGACGCCAAGGUGGGCCUGCUAGGGGAGGGCAAGCUCAUCGCUGGCAUUGAUAAAGGUCUGCAGGGCAUGUGUGUGAAUGAGCGCAGAACAAUCACUGUCCCGCCCCACCUGGCCUAUGGAAGCACCGGUGCAGGCGACGUGGUUCCUCCAGACUCCACCCUGGUGUUUGACAUCCAUCUGUUGGAUCUGUGGAACAAAGCCGACCUGGUUGUCACCAAAACCAUCACCACUCCCAAAGACUGCAAACGCUCGGUGAUGCGCACUGACUUUGUGCGCUACCAUUUCAACGGCACUCUGCUCGACAGCACCGUCUUCGACUCCAGCUACACCAGGAAGCAGACCCACAACUCCUUAGUGGGUGAGGGUUGGCUGAUUAAGGGUCUGGAUGAAGGCCUGCUGGGCAUGUGUGUGGGAGAAAUCAGAAAUAUCGUCAUCCCGCCCUUCAAAGCCUACGGAGAGAAAGGAUCAGGUACAGAGAUCCCCCCCCAGGCGACCCUGGUGUUUGACAUCCUGUUGGCUGACAUUCAUAACCCAAAGGAUAACCUCACCAUUGAGAACCAGGUGGUGCCGGAGUCAUGCAAACGCAAGUCUGUGGUUGGGGAUUACGUCCGGUACCACUACAAUGGUACUUUCCUGAACGGAGUCACCUUUGACACCAGCUACCAGAGGAACAGCACAUACAACACCUACAUCGGGAUGGGCUACGUGAUUGCAGGCAUGGACCAGGCCCUGCUGGGAGUCUGCAUUGGGGAGAAGCGGAGGGUCAUCAUCCCUCCACACCUGGCGUAUGGAGAGGAAGGAGCAGGUGGCGUCAUCCCCCCGUCUGCUGUGCUGGUGUUUGACAUUCUGGUCAUCGACUUCCACAACCCCAACGACACGGUGAACAUCCAGAUCACCCACAGACCCGAGGCGUGUAACGAGACCACCGCCGAGAACGACCUCGUCCGCUACCACUACAACUGCACCCUAGUGGACGGCACACCGCUCUUUUCCUCACACGACUAUGAGAGCCUUCAGGAUGCAGUGCUGGGGUCGGACAAGGUGAUCGACGGGCUGGACGAAGGCUUGCGAGGCAUGUGUGUGGGAGAGAAGAGGGUGGUAACGGUGCCACCUCACCUUGGCCAUGGAGAAAAAGGAGCUACUGGUGUCCCAAGCAGUGCUGUGUUGGUCUUUGACAUUGAACUGGUGAGCUUUGAGAAGGGAGUGCCACCUGGUUACCUGUUUGUGUGGCUGGAGGAUAGCCCUGCAGACCUUUUUGCAGCCCUGGAUUUCAACAAGAACGAAGAGGUGCCACAGGAGGAGUUUGGGGAGUUCAUCAAGCUGCAGGUGGCAGAGGGCAAAGGUCGUAUAAAGCCUGGACAAAUCAUGGAGCACGUUAUCAGCGACAUGUUCCACAACCAGGACCGCAAUAAAGACGGAGUGAUCACGGCCGACGAGCUCAAACUGAAGGUUGAUGAGGACAAGGAAAGGGAAGCUGCGAGGCAUGAGGAGUUGUAAUGAGGACAAAUGCUUUUAUUCUCUCAGGGAUCAACCCCAACACCUUUAAAACAAGCAACGAGAGACUUUUUCCAUACAUCAUCAUGGUUUAAAAAUUUCUAUACCACAUUGGACAGUCUUCUUAAAUGACAAGAAAAUAUUGCAAAGGGUCUUUUUUGUGGAUUUCUGUGUUGUAUGAUUGUUUGUUUUUGAUAGAUGUAUUUCAAAAUAUUUUCAAACCAAACAAGCACCUUUUAUUUGUCCUUGAAAGUCACAUGAAUUAAACUGUUUGUAAGAAAAUGUCUGACAUCUGAAAUAACUGCACAUGUAUUUAUGACAAAAAGAGAGUUGCAUAUACCAAAAAA